AUAAAUGCUUAGAAAUGACGGACAAGACGUCAAAAGCCAGCGAUUUAUUGGAAAAUUUGUUGUCCGGCGGACACAUCACUUCGGAACAGUGGCAGACAUAUAAACAAAUCAGAUCUGGAGAUCUCAUCUGUAGUGACAGUGACGGACACUCCAGUGAUGAGUCCGAAGACAAUACACAAGUGGACACAACUUCUACUUCUAGUUAUCUGCCGAUUGCCAGCACAUCGACCAAUCCUUCGGUUCAAAUCGAGGAAACUUCAGAAUCGGGUCCAACCAAAUGGGAUUCAAAUUUGACCGUUAGAUAUAUUGAUGGAAAAAUUAGUUUUAAUGAGUUGGCGGAUAUCAUGGAGAAGACAGAAGGAGAUGAUAUCAGUAGAAAAGAUUCUGUUGGAACCAUUACUCAGACAUCUAGUGAAUCAAAGGGCAAGAAAAAGAAGUCGAAAAUUAAUAAAGAUUUAGAAAUGACACUCAAAUCAAGUUCUGGAACUCGUCCGCGAAGACGACUUCCCCGUGAUUUACAGGGAUUGGUCGGUGAGGCCAAUAUGAUGUUGGCUCGCGGCAACCACGACGAGGCUAUCAAAAUGGCACUCGAAGUUGUUCGACAAUCACCAGAUUGUGCCGAACCAUUCCAAUCAUUGGCUAUGAUCUAUGAAGAAAUGGGCGAUGAUAUCAAAACUUUUCAAUAUUUACUGAUUGCCGCAUAUUUGUGUCCUUCAGAUGGUGAUGGAUGGGUUAAAGUAGCAGAAAUGGCGUCUGAUUUGGGCUUUUGUAAGCUUGCGAUCAGUUGUUAUACAAAAGCUAUUAAGAUAUUUCCUAAUAAUAUAAAACUGCAUUUCGAGAGGUGUCAGCUCUACGAGAAAGUUGGAGACAUGAAGAAGGCUUUGGAAGCGUAUGAGAAUCUUAUGAAAGCCCUUCAACCAAAUGAUGGAGAAUUGGCACUUCAAUUGGCUAAAGAUAUUGUCAAAAUUCAAUACAAUAACGGAAACAUAUCAUCAGCUAUUGAAGUGAUGGAAACAGCACUAGAAAAGCACAACUCAUUUGUUACAUCUGAAGAAGUUAAUGUCUAUAUUGAACUAUUGAUAACUAAUGAACAAUAUAUCAUCGCUUUGUUGGCAUUUAAGAAGUACUGUGGUCUCAAAAUAUUGAGUUCAGGAAUUGAAAUCAAUGAUUUAACUAAUGAUAUUAUCACCAAAUGUGAUCUAACCAUACAUCUCAUGUAUUUAGUGCUUCCUAUUGACUUAAGAUCUAAACUAAUUGUCACAUUAAUAAAUCUUCGAUGUCUACUCUCAAUCAAUGACUUACUCCAAGAACUAUUAAUAGAAAGUGCUGAAGAAAUUGGUGAUUUAUAUUUGGAUAUUGUCGACGCUUUUAUUAAAAUGGAUUUACACGAAAAAGCAAAACUAAUGCUUCAAAAACUGGUCGACACUGAGACUUAUAAUGAGGCCUCAGUUUGGAUGCGAUUCGCUGAAUGUCUUGAAAAGACCAAAGAAAUAGAAGCAGCGAUUAUCGCAUUUUCAACGGUUGUAAGACUGGCACCAAACCAUUUUGAGGCCCGAUUAAGACUAUCAACCCUUUUGUUAAGUGUCGGCAAAGAGAAGGAAGCGCUUGAAAUUGCGAGUCAAUCGGAAAGUGAGUCUCAAAUUGAUUUGGAUUUACUUGAAAUGCGGUGCCGUUUACUGUACUCACAAAAGUUUUGGACUGAAUUCACAAAGUCUGCCCUUAUUUUGUUGACCAGUGAUAUGAUAUAUUUAAAGCAUAAUAAAGAGAUUUCAACAAUGAUUACUUCAACUUCGUAUAGAACUCGUAUGGAAUCGUUGCGUGAUAUUCAUAAAGACUUGGGUUUGUCUGAAGAUUCACAAUUUCAUCGUUAUAUUGGCAAUAGUAUUGAUCCAGAAGAAUGGAUUGAAAUCUUCGUUAAAUUAUUAAAUGUUUUGCUAUAUAAAGUCAAAGACUAUAACGAAGCCAUAAGAAUAGUAUUUUCCGGCUAUACAUCUAGUGUUAUGUCCACCAAACAGGAUCUCAUUAAUUAUUAUUCACUCAUGUGUUGCUUUAUCUCGAAGAAUAUGCUUUACACAUAUCCAUUGAUAAAGGCGUUGAUCUUUCGUAAUAUAGAUAACAAUCAAAUCUGGAAUAUCUUCUGUCCGGUUAUGUCUCAGUUUUAUCAAGACUUAAGACACAAUCGGUUCUGUAUUCGUCUAUUUAUCAAAAAUCCUGAUAACAUAGCAUUAGCUUAUUUUAAUGGACACAAUGCCCUCAUGAGCGGUAGCUAUAAGCACGCAUUAGCCGAAUAUGUGGCCAUUUUGAAACAGUGUCCUAAAGAUUCUUUGGCUGCAUUUUCGGUGAGUCUGGCUUUUGUUCACUUGGCCUCACAGAAGUUCACAAGUAAUCGGCAUUCAAUUGUCAUUCAAAUGUGUGCUUUUCUUGAUCUAUAUCUUCAAUUGAGAGGUGAAUGUCAAGAGUCGUUAUACAACUGCGGACGUGCUUUCCAUCAGUUGGGACUCCUUAACAAUGCCGUCCACUUCUAUAGACGAGCUCUUGAUUGCGAUACUCAGAUCAACGCCAAAAAUAAACACAUUUUUAAUUUAAAACGAGAAAUUGCUUACAAUCUGUCACUUAUAUACCGUCACUCGGGUGCCAAUGAUAUGGCAUUACUUAUAUUAAGACAACACUUUGUUGUAUAAAAUU